AUGAAGCCUGUUCUAUUUACCACCACAGGCCUUUCUUCUCUAGAAAAGAAUCUUAUUGCAAAGAUAUUCGCGGAGACUGAAUAUAGACUGGAGGAGACCAUGACUUCAAGCACCUCUUAUCUCUUGUCUAACAAAAGCACCUUUACUGAAAAAAGAAUACUUGCAGAAAGGUGGGGCAUUCCGGUCAUUAGUAUUAUGUGGGUGUACAAAUCGCUUAACUGUAGAAACAUUCUACAGUUUAAAUUAAGGAAAUAUGAAGGGUGUGUUUUUUGUACCUCUGGUAUUACAAAUGAUCUGUUUAUAAAUUACUACAGAUUGCACGGCGCAUAUCACUCUUCUAUUCUAAAUCGGUACUGUGAUUUUCUUGUGGUGAAUUCGCCUGACCAGGUUACAGAUAAGAUUAUGUAUGCCAAAGAAUGCAAUAUUCCAAUUAUUACUGCUGAACACGUGUUUGAUGAUCGAGUUACAUUUUUUAUGAAGAAUAUACAAUAUGAGAGUUUCAUUAAUGAACCACUCACAGAUGAAAUAUUCAAUGGAAAGAUAUUCUAUUUUGAAGGAGAAACUGAAAUCCACAGGCUUGUACGCCGAUUAAUAAUAGAGCAUGGCGGAAAUCGUGUUGAAGAGCCUGGUCCAGAUGUAGAUUAUUCAAUAUAUUUUGGGGGCAAUGGGAAAGGCCGCAAUUUUAUUUGGUACCAGUGGAUUCUAGACAGCGCAGAGCUAGAAACCCUUCUUUCGCCUGAUGGCUAUGAGGUGCAUUAUACGGAUCUUCCUGCGCUUCCAUUGGAGAAUACAAUUGUGCUUCCAAUGGUGUGUAAAGAGGAGGGGCUUAGAACAAGAAACAAAAUACAGGCACUUGGUGGUGAAGUAUCUAUGCAAAUGAGCAGUAAAAUAACACACUGCAUUGUUGAGCGGAAGAGUAAGCAGCUGCAGAAUAAGAUGCAGGGGUAUAUGAAGAUGUAUAAAAUACAUGUGUGUUUUUUGGAAUGGCUGAAUCAGUCAAUAUACUACAUGAAAAGGCUAAGUGAAAAUAAAUUUGAAAUGUCUACUUCGCUUAGAACUAUACCACAGAUAGCCCUAGAAACAGCAAAAAAAAGAAAGACUGCUAUUAAAUAUACUCCUAGCAAUCUUGACGGGUGGAGAGUGCAGUUUACUGGACUGAUUGACACCUUGAAAGAGCAAGCGAUUUCUGUGCUAAAGAAAAAGGGCGUUAUAGUUAUAGACUCCCCAGAGUAUUCCACUGAAUGUACACAUUUAAUUGUAGGCGCUGUGAACGUAUCACUGAAAUUCCUAUCUGCAAUAGCGUGUGGUGCUAUCCUUUUGGACUAUCGAAUUAUAGAUGAUUUAAAGCAGAACACCUAUACUGGAGAGACCAGCUACGCACUAGAAGCAAGGGAUUUGAAAAUAGACGCGCCUAAAAAUGAAAAGGUUAUUCGAAAGUUAAUUUUUUCGGCGUCUGUAUGGAAGGAUAACAAAGAAAAUAAUGGGAAAAGAGCAUUUUCUGGGUGGCGAGUGCAUGUUUUAGCAAAAAAGGAUACUGCUAAAAUAGAGCAACUGAUAGAGAAUGGAGGGGGUGAAGUAAUAAAAAGCGAAAAUGCCCAUGGUUUCCAUAGAGAUGGUUUCUAUUUUGUGGAUUCUUCUGUCACUGCGCCAAGUGAUAUUUCUUCUGCCAGAGUAAUUGAAAUGAAAGAUAUUAUAACACAUUUAGCACGAAUAAAGCAGAUCGUAUAA